GUAUAUAUCCUGCACUUUAAACAGCGCAGACUGAGUUUUUUUCCCUCUCUUCCUUUCCCCUUGCUGCUUCACUACUCUGGUAUCUCUUACAUCUCUCGCAGACAUGAAUCCUCUGGGCUUCGCUGUGGUUGUGGGACUUCUGGUGGGGACGUGGGCUCAGGUCGACGUGCUGCGGCCUCUGUGCGACUCCCCUGAUGUGGAGGAGGCUGCGAUGGCGGCCCAGGAUUACCUCAAUGGCCAGCAUGUUCACGGCUACAAGUAUGCACUGAACAGGAUCGAGGAUAUCAAGAUCCUUCACAGGGCUAAUGGAGUCGACACAUACGUCCUUGAAAUUGACCUGCUGGAGACAAACUGUCAUGUGAUGGACCCCACACCUGUUGCCAACUGCACAGUCCGACCCAAAAUAUCGACGGCCGUGGAGGGAGACUGCGAUGUGGUGCUGGAGAAAAUUGCAGGAGUUCUGAAUGUGACUGCAUUCAAGUGUAAAACAGACGAAUCAAGAGAGGACGAGUGCGAGGACCAGCGCGGGGACUGUUCCGAUCUCCUCCCUCUGAAUCACACUUUAGCGCUGGACUUUGUGCAGGCCUCGCUGGCGACCUUUAAUAACAACACUGUGAAUAAGACCUACACCAUCCUGGAGGUUGGAAGGAUGUCGUCACAGGUUCUGCUUUCUUCGAUACAGUAUUCAGUAGAAUAUGUCGUGGUUGAGGCUAAUUGCACUGGCAACGCCUGCAUCCCUCUGAAUGACCCCAUGGCUGAACGUGGUUUUUGUACUGCAACAGGUGUCAAAGCUGCUCACAGUGUGGACUGCAGGAUGUUCCCUGCUCCCAUGAUGCCAGUUGUAGAUGCCAACAGCACUGUGGCUGCAGCUCCAGCCGUGCCACCAAUGGUCCACGUACACACAGGCAGCCUGUCACACAAGCACGGUCUGAGACACCACAAACUGACCUCCCUCCAUGACCCUCAUCUGAGUGGCCUUCUGUCAUCAGAGUCAGGGGAGUCCGCAGAAGUUGUACCUGUGGUCCCUGCAGUGGUUGAUGCUGCUGCACCUGUUGCAGGUCCUGCUGCUACUGCAGAUCCUGCUGCUGCUGCUGAUCCUGCUCCAGCUGCUGAUCCCACUCCAGCUGCCGACUCUCUAUCAACCUCAGAAUCCUCCAAUAGUAAAGAGGUCCCUUUGCAUAUCUUUAAGAGAGAUGUAGUUGCUGUUGAUGCAUUAGUCCCUGUAGCUCCUCCAGCAUGUCCAGGAAGGGUCAGAUUCUUCAGUUGAACAGGUCCCACACAGUCUCCAUCUUUGCUUUCUUCAGCUGUAUUGGUGCCAGUGUAACUUUAAUUGAUGCAGAAACAUGUAAUGUGGUAGGUUGAUGUUACGCAAUAUGUUUCCUACAAACCAAGAAUAAUCAAAAUUGUCAAAAGAGCGUAAUGUGUUGCAAAACAGGAAAAUUAGAGAUUUGCAUUUCAUUCUGAAUAAAUCUGUUAACUCCAA